AUGCACAAAGAACUAUUUGAUCAACUCGUUCAAGUCGUCGCCACCCUACGCGGCGAAAACGGCUGCCCAUGGGACAAAGCACAGACCCACGAAACCCUGAAAGCAGAGCUCAUCGAAGAAACCUACGAAGUGAUCGAGGCAAUCGACGCGAAAUCAUCGGACAAGCUACAGGAAGAGCUCGGCGACCUCCUCCUGCAAGUCGUGCUCAACGCACAGAUCGCAAAGGAUCAAAACGAUUUCAGCAUCAACGAAGUCGUCCGUUCCAUAACGGACAAACUCAUCCGCCGCCACCCACACGUCUUUGGCGAUGUCGAUGCAAAAGACACCGAAACGGUGCUUCAGAAUUGGGAGGCGAUCAAGCGAAGCGAGGUAGGCUACGAAGAUCGAAAAUCCGUCCUCGAUGGCGUACCAGAAUCCCUACCAAGCCUCUUGCGAGCGCAGAAAAUUCAGAACCGAGCCGCCCGCGUCGGGUUCGAUUGGGAUACUGUCGCCGAUGUCCUCCCAAAACUAGAGGAAGAAAUCGAGGAGGUCAAAGUGAGUGUGAAAAAGGGGGAUACAGAGGAGAUCGAGAUGGAGAUUGGAGAUCUUCUGUUCUCAGUGGUGAACCUAUGCCGUUUUUUGGAGGUGCAGGCAGAGGAAGCGUUACGCCAAGCGGUCCGCAAGUUUACCGACCGCUUCCAAAAAAUGGAGGAGACACUUGAACAACGCGGUAAAACCUUCAAAGACUACGAUCUGGCUGGAUUAGAUCUAAUCUGGGAAGAAGCAAAAGAGAAGGAGCAACAAUAA